AUGUCGAUGCUGAUUUCCGAUGACGAUGUUGAUGGCCUGGACUUCGAAUCGAUCGAUCUUGAUGAUGAAGAACCGCGUCCGAGACACUUCAAACAAACAGGAAAGCGCAAGGCCCAACCCAGUCACGACAAUGACGACGCAAGCAUGCCCCGAGCAGUGCGCCAACGACCCGGAUUGGAAGAGUCAAGUGCGCCGGAUGACCUCUCUUCACGUCGAGCCAACGAAGAUGAAGAAAGGAAGUCGGAGGAACAACAUGACACACCGACUUCCUCCGCGUUUUGGCAUGCGAGUGCAAACGCCGUCGAAGCAGCGGUCGAUUUUUCGGAGCCGUCGACAUUUGAAGAAGCAGUGUCUGGCCCGGACCAAGUACACUGGCGCAAGGCAAUUGAUGCGGAGCUCGAUUCGAUGAAGCUUCGCGGUGUCUUUCGUGCGGCCAAGUUACCCAACGGACAAAGCGCCAUUGGCACAAAGUGGGUCUUCAAGAUCAAGCGCAAGGCGGAUGGGUCGAUCGAGAAAUACAAGGCACGACUUGUGGCCAAGGGUUUUCGCCAAAAGUAUGGCAUCGACUACACGGAGACGUUCUCGCCCGUGGUCAAGUAUGUGACGCUGCGAAUGGUCAUCGCCAUUACCAAGCACUUUGGAUGGCCCCUCGACCAGCUCGAUGUGGUGACUGCGUUCCUGUAUGGAGUGAUGAAGGAGAAGGUGUUCUGCGCUGUUCCGGAAGGCGUCAAGAUGGAAGGUGAUUUCGACUGUCUCGAGCUGAUCAAGGCGAUCUACGGUCUCAAGCAAGCCUCGCGUGUUUGGAACGAGACCUUCGACGAGUUCAUACGCUCGAUUGGUUUUCAAGCGUCGGGAUUCGAUCCAUGUCUCUACAUCAUGACUUCGGAAGGCCAUUGUGUUUUUGUGCUGGUCUACGUGGACGAUGUCUUGGUGACUGGAAGAUCGCUCGAGAUGAUUGCGCGCACCAAGAACGACCUCAAGACACGCUUCGAGAUGACGGACAGCGGCAAGUGUGCCUUUGUUCUUGGGAUCGAGUUAUUGGACGGUGAAGAUGGCAGCGUGACUAUGUGUCAGCGCCGUUAUGUCGACGAUGUCCUCAAGCGCUUUGGAAUGGAUGAGUGCAAGGCUGUGGCAAGUCCGGUGGACGUCAGCUCUCGACUGGUUCCAAGCAACUCUGCAAGCAAGGUGGAUGUCCCAUUCCGUGAAGCAGUGGGUGCUUUGAUGCAUCUGACGACUGCAACGCGACCGGACAUCGCCUAUGCUGUAAGCUUUGUGUCACGGUUCAUGGAGAAACCCCAAGAAGAACACUGGGUUGCAGUUAAGCGUAUCUUUCGCUACCUACAAGGCACCAAGACGCAUGGAAUUUGCUACAAGCCAAGUGCAAGGAUCGACUUCCGUGGAUAUUCGGAUGCGGAUUGGGCUGGUGAUCUUACCGACCGCAAGUCAACAUCGGGGUACACGUUCAUGCUACUCGGUGCGCCAGUCAGUUGGGGCAGCAAGAAACAGCCAAGUGUUUCGUUGUCCACGAGUGAAGCCGAAUACAUCGCACUCAGCUUGGCGAUUCAAGAGGGCAAGUGGAUUCAUCGUCUGCUUUGUGAGAUCGUGAUGGCUGCCAAUGAAGAAGGACCGGAACUCAUGAUCCAUGAAGACAAUCAGUCGUGUAUCAAGAUGACGAAGAACCCAGUCAACCACGGCCGUGCCAAGCACAUUGAUAUCAAGUACCAUCACAUCCGUGAUGAGGUCAAGCGUGGUGAAGUGAAGCUCAAGUACUGUGAAACUGCGGUGAUGUUAGCGGACAUCAUGACGAAGGGACUUCACGGGCCACGCCACAAGGAGAUGACGGCGACUCUCGGGAUUCGUGAGCAUUCGGAUUGA